UUAACUGUCCGUUUGUGGAAUGACUGCUUGGUUUGUAAAACCAAGAUAGCAGUUGGUUCUAUAGUUAUCCCGAAGACUGGAAAUUUUUGAUGAGCAGUGAAAGGACAGUUAGCUAGGUGGCUAAUACAGUGUCCUGGCUGGCAUUUUCAUGGAAGCACGCUGGCCACUAUCUAGCUACCGGCAAGCAAAAAGGAAACAUUCGCGCAGGCUUGACAGGCAUGUUAGGACAGAAAUGGCCCACAAAAUAGAAUUUGUAUUUGGCAGAAUAACACGAGGACGUCAAUGGAUAAAGUAUAAUUUCUGCUGUACCACUGAAGAUUUUGUCAACUAGCUUGCUCAUCCACGCGUGCGUGCCAAAGUCUAGUUCGCUAAUUUGUUAUUUGGUAAUAGUCGGAGUGCGUAAGGAUAGAGAUGAUGUCUAAAUCAGCGACUAAAGAGAAGAAAUCCUUCAGCAAGAGGCUCUUCCGAAGGGGCUCUGUGCGCUCCGUGGGGAGUUUCAUGAGCAGAGUCCUCAGGACUCUGUCGACCUUAUCUCAUUUCGGAACCGAGGGACACGCCGUCGAUCAUGAAAAAGAUGACGGGGGCUUCACGUCUUUUAAGACGGGGGGCAAAUCCGUUCCCUCGGACGACAGCGACUGCGGAGGGUUUCUAAUUGGAGAUAGGGUCCCCGGAGUGUCCGGUCUGAAGAACCACGGCAACACUUGUUUCAUGAACGCAGUUCUGCAGUGUCUGAGCAACACGGAACUCUUCGCUGAGUACUUGGCGUUAGAGCAGUACCGAGGGGAUGACGCAGAAGAGGAGAAGUCGAGGGCGAGCAGCGUGUUUUCGCACAGGAAGGGUCUGCAGGAGAGAGGGGAGGUCACAGAGCAACUGUCCGGUCUUGUUCGCGCUUUGUGGACCUUUGAAUACACCCCGCAGCACAGCCGAGAAUUCAAGAAUGCAGUGUCCAGGAACGCCUUACAGUACAGAGGCAAUGCCCAACACGAUGCCCAGGAGUUCCUCCUCUGGCUCCUGGACCGCGUGCAUGAAGACCUCAACAACAUCGUCCACCCCAGUAGUAGACCCUCCAUAAAGCCCCCGUUAGAAGAUGAUGGAGCCUUAGAAGGACCCUCGUUCCCUCUCUCAGCCGGCUCCGUUGUGCAGGAGCUCUUUCAGGCACAGUACAGGUCCUCACUCACCUGCCCUCAUUGCCAGAAACAGAGCAACACCUUCGACCCUUUCCUCUGCAUUUCCCUGCCCAUCCCCUUACCCCACACGCGGCCCCUGUACAUCACUGUGGUUUACCAGGGAAAGUGUUCUCACUGCAUGAGGAUCGGUGUGGCCGUGCCCCUGUCCAGCACCGUGUCCCGACUGAGAGAGGCCGUGUCGCUGGAGACCAAGAUCCCCUCCGAACAGAUCGUUCUCACAGAAAUGUACUACGAUGGAUUCCAUCGCUCCUUCUGUAACGAUGACGACGAUCUCGGUAUCAUUCAAGAAAGCGAUUCCAUCUUUGCAUUUGAAACCCCGGAGACAUUUAAAAUGGAAAACAUUCGAGCUCAAAGAGGAAGCCUACUUGCAAACCUAAAUCAGAACAACCUUAAAUAUGGAACAGAGCUCAGCCGGACUCCCUCCUUCAUGCAAGGAGCCAUGUUACCUCCGCUGACCAAUAAGAACACAGGAUCGGACAAGAUCAUCCUCCUGAUCUGCAACAGGACCUGCUACGGACACCAGGGACGGAGGUUUGGCCAUCCGUUCGUGCUGCACUUGGAGCGCACCGUGACCUGGGACGUCCUUCAGAAAGAGAUUCUGGAGAAGAUGCGACACCUGCUGAGGCCUGGGGUUUUCAUCCAGGUGGGUCCCUUCAGUCUGCGUGUGGUCGGAGUAGUUGGAAUCACAUACCUCUUACCUCAAGAGGAGCAGCCUCUGUGUCACCCCACUGUGGAAAGGGCGUACAGGUCGUGCGGACAGGGGGGGCCUCCGCAUGUCAAGAUUGUGGUGGAGUGGGAUAAGGAGACCAAGGAUUAUCUGUUUGGACACACCGAGGAGGAGUACAUCCCUGAUGCGGAAAGUGUGCGUCUGCACAGAGACCACCACCACCAUCCCCAGGCCUGCACGCUGGCCCAGUGCUUCCAGCUCUACACCAAAGAGGAGCAGCUGGCCCUGGACGAUGCCUGGCGCUGUCCCCACUGCAAGCAGCUGCAGCAGGGCAGAAUCAAGCUCAGCCUCUGGACCCUACCAGACAUCCUCAUUCUGCACCUCAAGAGGUUCAGACAGGAGGUAGACAGGAGGGUGAAGAUGCAGAACAUGGUGAAGUUCCCCCUGAUGGGGCUGGACAUGGCGCCCCACAUGGUGAAGAGGAGCCAGAGCAGCUGGAGCCUUCCCUCGCACUGGUCGCCGUGGAGACGGCCCUACGGCCUGGGACGCGACCCCCAGGACUAUCUGUACGACCUGUACGCCGUGUGCAACCACCACGGCACCAUGCACGGCGGCCACUACACAGCUUACUGUAAGAAUUCCAUUGAUGGGCAGUGGUACUGCUUUGACGACAGUGACGUCCAGCCCGUAGCUGAGGAAGACGUUUGCAAGCAGACGGCAUACAUUCUGUUCUAUCAAAGGAGGACCACCAUUCCCUCCUGGUCAGCUAACAGUUCCAUAGCAGGGUCCACCAGUUCCUCCCUGUGUGAGCACUGGGUGAACAGGCUCCCGGGCAGCAGGCAGCCCAGUGUGGCCUCGGGCGCCUCCUCCCGCCGCACCUCCCUGGCCUCCCUGGCUGAGUCGGUGGAGUUCACAGGAGACCUGAGCGGAGAUGAUGGAGGAUUCUCAACUCGGCCCUUUGUGAGGAGUGUUCAGCGUCAGAGUUUGUCUUCCAGAUCAUCCAUAGCCAGCCCCCUGGCCUUGUGUGAGAAUGGAAUCAAGCCCUCGUGGUCCCUCUCAGCUAAGCUGCAAAUGAGGUCCAACUCCCCCUCGCGCUUCUCUCUAGAUUCCUUUUCCUCCUGCACCCUGGAGAGGAUAGGAGAGGCCUGUGAUGACAAGGUGUCCACGUCGUGCUUCGGGCGGCAGUCCAGCGGCAAAGCUCCCCUGGCCAUGAUGGAGAGCAUCACCAGCGACGAGGGCAGCAGCAGGAAGUCCCUGGAUGAGCCUUACUGCAAGGCCCCGCCUCCGGCCGAAAAGAAGAGCUCCAAAACCGAGCUUGUCAGCAACAACAACCCGGCCACGCCCGCUGACUCAGGCAGCUUCGGGCAAGGUGUCUCCUCUAAGGAGCCCAAACAGCGGGGCAGCUCGGGAGGGCCCACGCAGAAGGCGGAGAGCACAGCGGCCAAGAGGAGCUCCAUCAAGUCCCUGCUGGAGUCAGAGAAGAGCUCCAAGAAGCGCCAAACUGCGUCCUCAACCCCGAACUCUCCGGCCUCCCAGGCGUCCUCCAGCCCUCAUGUCCGGAGCUCCGCCAAGGUGUCCAACACCAGGGUCAAGAGUGACUCCGCCAAGACCGGCAAGGUGUCCUCAUCUGGAACACCGUCCAAAAAGGAGCCCUCCCAGGGCCAGGAGGGGGCGCCGUCAGGAGCAACCCCGAGGAAGCAGCGUAUUUCCACCACACCACAGUCCUCCGCCUCUCCCUCGCCCACCUCCCGGAAGACGUCCUCGGGGGCGGAGAGGAGCUCGGCGAGCGGUCGGAGGAAGCUGGCGGAGAGGAGCGCCAGCCGGGAUUCGGUGCGGGCCAGCCCCUUAAUCGACCGGCCGCGUGCCGGGGGCACGCCUCGCUCCUCUCUGGCCCGGGCCACCGAGGGCGGGCGCCCCGAGAGGAGAGUGGUGCGGAGCUCCAGCUCCAGCUCCUCUGUCACCAGCCUCCGCUCCCCCAGCGUCUCCUCGCGGGAUCUCCGCAGGAGCAGCAGGUCUGAAGACAAGGGGCUGUCCUUCCUCAAGUCGGCGCUCCGGCAGAAGGAGACCCGCCGGUCGGCGGACUUCGGCAAGACCUCCAUGCUGGCCAAGAAGGCCUCGGAGGGCACGGCCAAGUUGUGCUCCCAGACUAAAAACUGCAUGACGAGACCCGGCGAGGGCUCAGGUAAGACAUCGAGGCAGGUAUCCCCAGAGCCGCAGUCGGGAAAGACCGCCGCUAAAGAGGAGUCUGCUAAAACCUCCACCCCUGUUAAACGCUCUCUGUUACUUCCGAGCAAAUCUAGGUCUUCCACUUCAGGGCUUGGUCUUCACUCUCCUGAAAACGGGAAAAAAUCACUUGACAAGACGGCAGCCAAUAGAAAGCUUUCUUCCAGCAUGCAAUCAUCUGCACAGCCAACACCGGAGCCUCAGUGAUGUUGGUGUAGUGGUUUCAUUUCUCCUGUAAUGCAGCUAAUUUUUUACGUGCCUAAUAUAUACAUAUAUGAUAUAUAUAUUUUUUUCUUUUCUUAAAGAAAAUGUAAAUUAUGAAAGCGCCUUUCUUUCUA